CUCUUCUGUCGCUUAUCUGCUGUUAUCAUCGGUACUGAGUUCUUGUUAAAGAAGCAGCCGGUGAGAGACUCUGACAGUCGAGAGCCAGAGACCGAGAGAGAAGCACGAUGUCUGAAUUCAGAAGGAUCAUGAUGUCUUCAUUCCUGAUGCUGCUGCUCCACUUUCCAGCUGCAGAUGUGAAAGAUUACUUCCGUAUUGUCAGAGUUGGACAUAAAGUUGCUUUGCCUUUUGACAAUGUGAUAGAUGAUAAGUGUAAGAAUACUACCUGGAGCUUCAGUGAUUCAAGAAGCUCAGUGACGCUGUUUGAAGGCAGAAAGAUUCACAAAGAAGCCAAAGCUAAAUCAGACAGACUGAGAGUCACAAAAAACUGUUCUCUGGUUAUAAAGAAGGUCACAGAGGAGGAUGCUGGUCGUUACACCUGCAGACAGUUCAGAUCAGGACAACAACAAGGUCCAGACUCUCAGGUUGAUCUGUCUGUUGUUACCAUGACUGAACAUCAGGACAAUGAUGAGGUGACGUUAAACUGCUCUGUGUUGACAUAUGGAAACUGUACACACUCAGUGAAGUGGCUGCUUCAGGGUCGAGAUGUGGCUAAAGAUCACAGAGAGAUGAAUACAUCACAGUCUUCCUGCUCUGCCUCUGUGACAUUUCUGACUUCUCAUUUUAGUAACACAUCAAGGUUUAAGUUUAAAUGUAAUGUAACUGAUGAAAACACAAGAGAAGAACAUCUGUUUCCCUAUAGACCUCUGUCCUCAGGACAAGACUACAAACCAGCAAAUCAAGGUCGGUGGUGGUGGAUCAUCGUUGUGAUAGUGGGUGUUGCAGCACUCACAAUACUCACUGUGGCUGUCAUCAGACGGAAGAGGACUCAAGGAACUUUUACGCAGACGGAUGACAACGUGGCUGAUCUUGAAGAUGGUGUUUCCUAUGCCUCCAUCAGCUACACCAGGAAGAGCAGCAGGAAAGCCAGGGCUCACCUUCAUGAUGAUGAUGAUGAAGAUGAAGCAGUGACCUACAGCACUGUGGGAGCUCCCUCCUCUUCCUCUGCUGCCUCCGCUGAUCCCAGCCUCCUCUACGCCACCGUCAACAAACCAAGAAAGAAACCGAUGUAAUGUUUAAAUCAAUAGCAUGAUCGCUUGGAUCAAAGAUUUAGAGUUUAAGGGCACAGCUAGCAGAGUUUAAUCAGAUUUAUAUUA